AUGGAUUCUCAGACACCAACGGAUGCGUACUUCACCAAUCUAUUACAAUGGGGAUCCAACCUUUUAGGUGAAUUUAUGAUCAAAUCUCCAAAUCAAAUGGGUCAAUGUUCAAGCCAACAUGGUGAAGUGGCUGGGCAAGAGUCUCCAUUAUCACCCCAAAUAGAAUCCACCACAAAGAAAUCACAACGUGGUGGCAACUUUAGUAUAGAAGAAGACAAUCUCCUUGUAUCGGCAUGGCUCAAUACAAGUUUGGAUGCAAUACACGAAAAUGAGCAAAAGCACAAGACAUAUUGGAACAGAGUUUGGGAGUAUUUCCACAAGUACAAGACUUUUACUUCUGAACGUAAUCAGAAUUCUUUAAUGAAUCGGUGGUCAACUAUUCAACUUGGAACCAAUAAGUUUUGUGGGUUCUUUGCUCAAAUUGAAUCAAUGCAUCAAAGUGGAGUAAAUGAGCAAGACAAGGUCUAUAUUGUGUACAUAUCUAAAUUAGAUGCACCAACCAAAAUGGUUAGAGGAAUGUCAAAAGAAAAAACCAAAAAAAAAAAGACUUCUGCAACAUCUUCUCCUUUAGCUACAAAGGCGAUAAAUCUAGCAGAUGAUGAUGUUUCACAUCAUGCUUAUGUAGACUUGGAGAGGCCACUAGGCAGGAAGGUUGAAAAAGAGCAGUUGAAUAAACGAAAUAGUAAAGAUUCAGCUGGUUCAAAUUGUGCAGGGAUAUUGAAUGGGAUAAUGGAAGAAAAAAAGAAAGCAAAUGACAAGAAAAUGGAAAUCCUUGAGAAAGCGUGUCUUCAAGAGCAAGAGAAGAAUCGUAUGAACCAAGAGCUUGAGCAAGAGAGAAUUUGA